AUGGCACCCGAUCCCCAAUCGCACCUCAGACGCCGCCCAAGCACAUUUGCACAGCUGCGUCCGGCGGGUUGUGGUGCCAGGCCCUGCACUGAGACGCCCAAAAUACACUCACCCAAGACGGCGCCGGUGCCGUGGUACGUGUCCUCCACAGACUUGACAGCUGCGAGGUGCAUGGGCGGCAGCUGUGCGUGGCCAAACAGCCGGGGGGCUCGCGAAGAGGAGGGGCCCAAGCCCACAGAGCCUUUGACGCCAGCCGGCCCUGUUGCCGCCGCAUCCGUCACGAUGGACCCCCAAAGCAAAAGCAAAACCAAAAAGGCGUAUGGGGCAGGUGUUCUCACAAAA